CGGGGGCAGCAUGUUGGGAUGCGCGCUAUUUAAGGUCCUGCUGCGUGAGCUAUUGACGUGUUUGGAGCUGGAGACUGUUCGGUCCCUGGUGGAGCGGCUCCCCGAGCUCUUUUCCCCUACAUCUGCUAUCCUCAGUAAGAAGACUGUUAGGAUGCCAAUGGUAGCCCGGAGACUGAGAGAUCCUGACAUAAAUCCCUGCUUGUUGGAAUCUGAUGCUUCUGCCAGAUGUAUGGAUGAAAAUAACUAUGACAGGGAAAGGUGUUCUAAUUACUUCUUGAAGUACAAAAACUGCCGGAAAUUCUGGAAUUCCAUCAUGAUUCACAGAAGACAGAAUGGAGUGAAGCCACCUAUGCCAACAGCAGCAGAAAGAGAUGAAAUCUUGGGAGCAAUGGGAAAGAUGCCCUAUUGAAUGUUUACAUUAAAAUUGAUUAACUUAAAAGGAGAUAAAUAUUUUUAAUAAAUGACUACUGUAAUCUUUUAAGAUUGUACAAACCUAAUCUGGACAGAUCUUAUAUUUUACAAGGGGAGACAAAAUUAAGUGAACCCUGCGUCCGUCCUUUGUGUUUGUUCUCAGUGCUGUGAUGAUCGUGUGCCACUGCGGACAUGCGUGUCAGAGCCUACAGCACUUCCUAGUGUUACGCGAGUGUUAGGAAAGGCUACAUAAGGAGCUGGGCUUUUUCUCUGGGUUUCAAAAAAAAAAAAGUAAAGGAUGAAAAAGUAAAGACUUAAUGGGGGUGAGAGGAAGGCAGUAUUUAAUGUGAGCAACAACAUGGAAGGAAAGUUCGAGACAUUCAGAGUUGUCUGUUGAGUCUUCCACCUAGAGUUUAAGGUGGGUGGAGGAGUAAUGGCAGAGAAGACUGAAGUUGAGGGUGGAUGUGUGGUGGACCACAGAUCCAAGGCUCAUUACUAAGAUCUGUAUCCUUCACUCACUUAUCUUUGUUUCAGUUAGGUCAGUACGUUCACUAGGCAGGAAGGUGCCUUAAGUAAAUGGCAUGAAAAAGAACUGGUUUCCUUUAAAGAAAGGCAUGGUUAAAGGAUUCUGUGACUAAAAUCCAUAAAUAUUGAAUAAUUUUCUGAAGGCAUAGUGUUCUUGAACUAUGGGCAUAGGAAACAAAGUGAUUCUCAGAAGUAGGAAGAGAUGGGCAGUGAAGGGUAUGGAGUUCAUCAGGUGAAGCAACUCUGGGAUGAAACUAGAGCUCAACUUCACUUUAUGACAUAAAAAUAAUGUUCAGUACAGUAAUGGGUGGAUUGUAUAGAAGCUCUCAUGCCCACCUUAAAAUCCAGUUUGUUUCAUUUAAAGAAUAGUUUUAUAAAAGACAUGUAAUAAUAGAGAAAUCAACAAAAAUACAUGGUUUGUGUCCCUUUUCUUCAUGUGGACCAUGAUCUAGAGCAGUGGUUCUCAACCUGGGGGUUGCGACCUUUUGGGGGUCGAACGACCCUUU